CGACCCCCCAAAAGAGAUAAGAGAGCAAAGGUAUCCACACAACUCAAAAGGGAAGGAAGAAGGAGAGCAGUCCGCAGGUUCUUUCUUUAGUGCGAAGCUCUUACUGUUCGAGCCAUAACUUGAGAUUUACUCGUCCAAUUAAGGCGUAUAAGGUACCAAAAGAAAGCUCUCAAGACGAGGAAUCCGUGGAGGUCUGGUUUGCAUCAAUCGGAGUAGUGGAAGGCUUCCAGAUUGUCCGAACAAAACGCAACCUCGCAGAACACAGUUUUGUAUUCAAAGAAUCGAGUUAGCCGGAAAACACCCGUUCUAGGGGCUGUUUUCGUAUCAACGAUUAAGGGUUGAACUAGCACUUUGAGGAGGCUGUUUAACACUCAUAUUUGAGCAAGGAAUCAGUUCCAAAUCCACCUUGACCAAAGCUUUGACCAUUGGACCAAGAAGGGAAAGUUUAAAGCUCAAUUGAGGUUGAGGCUAGAGCUUGCAUCCUGUGCUCGUUGAUCGAGUGAUUCCUCGGAGAGAAGACUUGGGGGUAGAUAUUCGGUUGAUUUGGGUAACCUCCAACGCAAUCGAAGGAACGAGAUUGGGAGGAAGAAAUCCCGCAAAGGUAAAGAACUUGCCGGUUCUUCAUCUCAAAGCCGAGAUGAUUUUGAAACGGGUUACCAAAGGCGAGAUGGAGAUGCGAUGUCCGAAGAACAACUCCAACAAGAAUUGGUCCGACAUAAUAACCGCUUUCUACAACAACAACAAAUGCCGACGACCAUUGACGAAGAGGAGCUUGAGGAUGAAGAUGCGGAGGAAUUGGAACCGGAGACGGCCGAGGAGGAGGGUGCCGGCAGCCACGACGCCGACGCGCCUGCCUCAUCCCAAACCGCCACCGGUAAUAAAAAAAGUAAGUCUGAACUAAUGAAAAAUAAUUUUGAUAAAUGGAAGGACCCACAAUCCGGCUAUUGGCACGCAACUUGCAAGUGGUGCAACAACAAUUAUAGUUUGGGAACCUCCGGCGGAUACGGAUCCGCCGCAAGGCAUCUUAAGGCAAAGCACCCCGUGGAGUAUGCAAAAUUAGGCGGCGGAACGGGGAAGCAAACUCAAAUAUCGAGGUUUGCGAAUUCUCAACCUUUUGGUAAUUUCUCCUACAAUGAUGCACAAAAUUUGACUGGUAUGGCUAACUUAAUUUGUGAAGAAAAUUUGCCUUAUUUGUUUUCUGAAAGUCUUGCUUUAAGAGAUUAUGCACAAGGUAGUUUAAAUCCUCAAUUUAGAAAUUAUAGUCGCAAAACUGUUAAGAAAGAAAUAAUAAGGCUUUAUAAUGCGGAAAAGGUAAGAUUACAAAAUUUUUUUGCAAACUUUGAUGGGCGUGUUACUAUUUGUUCUGACAUAUGGGAGGAUGAUUUUCAUCAUUUAUAUUAUUUGGGUCUGACUGCACAUUAUAUUGAUGAGGAUUGGAAUAUGCAUAAACGUGUUCUUGCUUUUCGUGAAUUUAAUGAUCGUCACACCGCUGAACAUAUUUAUAUUUUGAUUGAGCGUAUUUUAAUUGAGUAUAAUUUGAUUGAUAAGGUGUUUGCUAUUGGUUUCGAUAAUGCUACUAAUAAUACUGCUGCUAUACCUAGAUUGCGUGAGUUGUGUGGUGCCAAUUCUUUGAUGGGUAGAUUUUUUCAUCAACGCUGUGCAUGUCAUGUUAUAAAUUUAUGUGUGCAAGACGGUUUAAAAGCGUUAGGAGAUUCCAUGGAGGUAAUAAAGGGGGGGAUUAGACGUAUUUGGGGUAAUGGUCAACUUAGAUUAAAAUGACAAAGUUAUUUGACUGAAAGAGGUGUGAGAUAUGUUGCUUUUCCUAAAGAUUUGAGUAUUCGUUGGAAUAGUACUUAUAAAUUACUUAAAGUUGUUCUUAGAUAUAAAAAACAUUUUCCUGCUUUUUUAAAAGAACAUGAUAACUAUAUUAUAAACGCGGCUGAGAUCGACACUUGCGAAAAAAUUUGUAAUGUUUUGAUAUAUUUUUUUAAUGCUACUGAAACUUUUAGUCAUGUUUAUAAACCUACCGCAAACCAAUUUAUUCCACAAGCUGUUAAUCUCGCCGAUGCUUUUAAAGAAUUUCAGAAUGCCGUUUUCGUUCAUUAUUUUUGUGAUCAUAUGAAGGAAAAGUUUUUAAAAUAUUAUGCGCAUAUUCCCCAUAUUUAUGGUAUUGCAUUUAUUCUCGAUCCUCGUUAUAGACUUGCUAAUUUGGAAGAUUGUUUCAACUUCUAUUAUCUUGCGUUUUUCGGUGAAUUUCCAAUGUAUGACGAUAACCCCAUAGAUCCGAAAACGGAAUACAACGAGCUUAGUACUUUAUUUUAUGCCUUAUUUAAUGAGUUUCGUGCACAAUAUAGCAACGCUCCCCCUCCCCCGUCACGAACAUCUUCAUCUAAAGGAAAAUCGAUUUUUAAAUCUGCAUUUGGCAAUCUUAUGAAAAAAACUAAAACAACUCACGUCACUGAACAAAGCGCAUUGAAUGAGAUUACUUUGUAUUUAACAUAUGAAGUUGAUUUUGAAGAAAAUGAUGACUUUGACGUUCUAGACUGGUGGAAGUCAAAAGAAAGAACGUUCCCGAUUUUAGCACGGAUGGCUAAGCAAGUACUAUCAAUGCCGGUUUCAACAGUUGCUGUGGAACAAGAAUUUAGUUCGGCCGGCAACGUCCUAACGGCAUCUAGAUCGAGAUUGAGCGCGGAGUCUCUUGAGACGCUUAUAUGCUACCACGAUUGGUUGAAGGCCGCACAUAGAACUCAAGAAUUGAGCAUCACCCCCUCCCAAGAUUUUAUGGAUAACUCAACAACCGAUGGUGGCUCUACCUAUGCCGGAGAUUCCGAUUGAUUAGUAUUUUAGAAUUUAUUACAAAAUGUAUUUUAUAGCACUUGUCAAAUUUAUUUAUACUUG